ACGUGAUCGUUGUUUGUUACUUUAAAUAGCAACGUAAUAUGUGUAUAUAGUAUGUGGGAAAACCCUGUUUUGACAAUUCAGAGGCCGUUUUGACACGUACGAGGAAGUGUACUACAAAAUGUGACGAGAUAUAUAUGCAAGAGAUACAGCCGAAUAACAUUGUGUCAGCGAAUUACUGCUAACAUCUGACUAUCAUGACGACAGUAGCAAGUCAAAAUAACAUACUAUUGGGACAAGAAAAUACUACCAAAUUAUCUGCUCAGGACCUUGUAAAGGAACUUCAGACUAUUCGCAAUGUGUUGGAGAAAGCAGAGAACACCAACGGGAAAGUCCUCAAACAAAUUCAGAGCAGGGCCAAGGAAUGGUCUAUGUUUGAAGAAACCUCACCGACAAUUGCAGACAUGAGGUCAAAAGCCAGGCGAUUGGGAGAGGUGAUGGACGGAGGAGACACACGUUUAAACGAACUAGAAAAAAUGGUUAACGUAGUAUGUUGUAAAGUUGAUGAUGUCAUCAACGUAAUUCAUAAGGCCGAGAAAGUAGAAGAGCAUAGAAAUGAAGGUCAGGGACAGAUAACAGCGGGAUCGAAAGACAUUGAAAGAAGUGGAAAAACAAGAGACGAAAUAAUCCACAGUGGUCCUGAUAUAAAAGUGAAACGUUUGACUACUGCGCAACCUGUACAUGUUCAACAGCCAAUGAACACUGAAAGAAAAGUCAAGAGCGGGGCUCGAAAGGAACAGACGCCAGAUCCUGUGGAUGACUUACCAUCAAUUGUGUGCACUUCCGGGUUUAAGAGGCGCCUGACAGUAGAUAGCUCCGACAAUAGACUUAAGACUGACAAGAUCGCGAAACAGAAACAGAUGGAAAGCAAGCGACCGAAUAUAGCAGGGGCCAAAUCUGAUUUAGACCCAGCCUAUGUGAACAUCAAGAAUACUUCUGUCCGUAUUAAAGAGCAGGAUGCUCGAUUCGAGGCAGAUUUCAAGAACAUGCCCGGUUUAAGUCCGGACAUCCUGGACGGACAGGGUAGCGACACUAUGCUGGCAGGCUUGGUAUGGCAACAGUGGCAUUCAUACGCAGAAAAGGAAAAAAACAAAGAUUCCCAACGCCAUAUUGUUCGUGCUAAAGGCCCGGAUGUUGUCCUGUGUUUAGACACUUCUCAGAGCAUGGAAGGAGCGCCGUUUGAGGAAAUGAUGUCAUUUGCAAUGAAAUACGUCGAAGGGGUUGAGCAGUGGGCAAGUAUGAUUGAUUUACACGAGAAUAUAUCCGUCACUACUUUCGGAUAUAUUACCAAAGUCUGGCAUCACUUGACGUCUGAUUACGAUGCUGUUAAAGCAACACUACGAAAAAUCUGGUCCCUCAUUCCAAGGGGUCGAAGUCCAAUAGCUGGCGGCUUACUUGUGGCCCUUGCUGGUUGUCUGGGCAAUGCUGAUGGAAUUAUCGUGGGGAAUAUCCCAGUUUUGGCACGAAUCAUCCUGGUGUCUGACGGUAAGGGUACGCCUGACCAUAUAAAGACAGGACCAGAGCUCGUGAGGACACAGGAUGAAGACAUGCGCUCUAGCUUACGGGUAGACGGGAAUCUUCAACACGUGUCAAAGAAUUUGAAAAAACGAAAAAACAUGGUGUGUUGCGUACCAGUAGGAAAUGCAAACACGAAAACUUUGGAAGAGAUUUCGAAAAUAACUGGAGGAAAAGUGUUUGGACCCUCAAAACGUGACCGAUUGGUGAAAUGGUCCAGACUGACAAUCCUAGCCGCCGAUAUGUGUAAGAAAUCUAUGGAUUUAACUGAAGGCAAGAGUCCCGGGGAGAUACAUUCGGUACUUCAGCUUUCCAUGGGCAUGCAUAUGCUCUCAGAAUCAGAGGAGGACAAGGUACACUAUUCACUUUGGGCCAACAGUAUGUUUGGAGGCUACAAUAUAACAUAUAUUGGCCUGAUACAGGUGAUUGAUAGAAUCUUCCCCUACCUGGAAGGCGUGAAGAAUAAAUCACCCCGGGAGUUGGAGAUUUCUCUGUUACACCCUUUAGCAAACCAUCUAGUACGAGUUACAGAGGACACGACAGACGAGCACCUGACAUCGGAACAUGACCCUGAUCUCCCGCCCCUAGGGUCACGGGUACGACGAGGUCCAGGCUGGCACUACCCUGACCACCAGGACGACAACAGACCGGGAACAGUCUGUAGUCACGGCAAAUCUGGCAUGGUUUGGGUGGAAUGGGACAACUCCCACAGAAACUGCUACAAUUACAAAGACGGAGCUCACGAAGUCGUGACUGUGACGGAAAAGAGAGUGCUGAAAAGGGACGAAAUCAUUGCCCCAGGGUGUUAUGUGAAGAGAGGUGAUAACUGGAGUAAAGGUGAUGAAGAUGGAGGACCGGGAACAAUGGGCGUGGUCACCAGAGUACACCAACACGGGACCGUCAUUGUUCGAUGGCCAAACAAAGCAUACAAAGAGUACAAGUUUGGAUCGGAAGGAUUGUUUGAAGUGCAAGUCUGCACGGACGAUUCCCGUACUACCCACACACAGGACCAGGGACCAAAUAAUUAUGUGGCACCAGCCGGAGAGGGGCUCAGAAUAGAAUCAUUUCUCCCCCCUCCGAAAUGAAAAAUAGUACCAUAGUGACGUAGAAUGGGCGGAGACGUUGUAGCAACUGCUUUCAAUAAAACGAAAUGAUGCAGUAGAUGGGAAGCGCAAGAAUGAGAGGGACUGGGAAUAGAACAUUCCUUCCGCCUCCUAAAUGAACAUAUACACGGUACCAUACUGACAUAGGUCUACAUUUAGACUGCUGAACUCGAGUCCAAAAUGAUGUAUUAGAUGGGAAGACUGAGAGGGACUCUGAACAGAAUCAUUCUUAUUCCAUUGAAACUUAAAGAGCUCUCUUCAUUUUUGACCAAAAUAAACAUUCUUGUUGAUCAGUCAUGUAUAUGUUUGUACAGACCGUAAAACAUUUCAUUAGACAAUUACAAUAAAGCAUACUUAUAUCAGCCAACAAGCAACAUAAUGUUGUACAAUGAGGAAUAAAAGGAUAAGGGCAAAGAUAGAAGGAAAAGAACAUCAGAUAAUAGCCAUGAUAUUUUUUGAAAAAUUCUUUCUUAUAAUGAAAUUCCUUUUGGUUAGUGUACGACACCUCCAUUGAUUGUUCAUUUCCAAUGUAGAAUAAUUAGCAAUAAAGGUAUGAAGUGCAGUUAUUUAUACAUUGGUUUUUUUUCGUAGCAACAGUUUAACAGUUUUCAUUAGCAAAGAUGUAAAUAGCGUAUUGAUUGAAUAGCAGGCAAGUUUUAAUAAUUUCUUUCGCAAGUAGCCUGAAAACAUGCACCCAUAAUAUGGAUUAAAACUUCGAGAUGCAAAUGGAUACAGUAUAUGGUUUUCCAGUUAUAAUUUUAGGAGUCUAACCUUUUAAUUUGGGAAAAAGAAUUGCUUAAAAUUCUGAAGAGAAUUUUUUUUUAAUUAUUUCUAUUGAUAAUAUUAACUUCGAACUUGUUCUGCCAUAAAAGUUACAGAAAGUGUAGAUUUAUAUAAUAUGUUUGUAGAGAAUAGAGCAAACAAGAGUUUCUACGCAAGAAUUUACAUGUAGUUAAAUUAACAUCACGUUCUUGUUCCCAGGUCAUCAGAUGAAAGUUCAAGGUUACAUACUGAUUGAAAUUUGUACUUCCAAAAAACUUGAAUGCAUAGCGGAUUAAGGAAAUGGAACCAAAGACUGACCGGAUAAGGGCACAUGUUACAAGAUUAACUGUUCCGGGGGUCAUUUCAUACUCUGUUCUAUGGGAUUAUGUCUGUAAGAUGGCUAUAUUUCAACAGCAAUGCACCAGAUGGCGGUAACACAACACUUUCCUCUUGUGUCUACAUUUCUGUAAUACUCUGUCGUCCCUUUAUUUCCUCCUGUAAUUCUGCCUUGUCAAGAUCUAUUGAAUUAGGACUUUUUCAAUAGAAUUAGUCAAAUUUAGGAAAGCUUAAUGACAACUAUUAUAGUAACAUUUAGCUAGUCUAAUGUCUCAUCUGGAGUCCAUCAUGUAAGAUUGUCCAUGAUUUUGAAAAAGAAGUCAUUUACAGAAUCAACAGACAACCAGUAUCAUAUUACUAGUCUGACGCAAAGGGACAUAAUGAUUCGAUAGAGUGGGAAGAUUUGGACCUAUGUAUCUGACGCACAGGGACAUAAUAAUUCGAUAGAGUGGGAAGGUUUGGACCUAUGUAUCUGACGCACAGGGACAUAAUAAUUCGAUAGAGUGGGAAGGUUUGGACCUAUGUAUCUGACGCACAGGGACAUAAUAAUUCGAUAGAGUGGGAAGGUUUGGACCUAUGUAUCUGACGCACAGGGACAUAAUAAUUCGAUAGAGUGGGAAGGUUUGGACCUAUGUAUCUGACGCACAGGGACAUAAUAAUUCGAUAGAGUGGGAAGGUUUGGACCUAUGUAUCUGACGCACAGGGACAUAAUAAUUCGAUAGAGUGGGAAGGUUUGGACCUAUGUAUCUGACGCACAGGGACAUAAUAAUUCGAUAGAGUGGGAAGGUUUGGACCUAUGUAUCUGACGCACAGGGACAUAAUAAUUCGAUAGAGUGGGAAGGUUUGGACCUAUGUAUCUGACGCACAGGGACAUAAUAGUUCGAUAGAGUGGGAAGGUUUGGACCUAUGUAUCUGACGCACAGGGACAUAAUAAUUCGAUAGAGUGGGAAGAUGUUGACCUAUGUAUCUGACGCACAGGGACAUAAUAAUUCGAUAGAGUGGGAAGGUUUGGACCUAUGUAUCUGACGCACAGGGACAUAAUAGUUCGAUAGAGUGGGAAGGUUUGGACCUAUGUAUCUGACGCACAGGGACAUAAUAAUUCGAUAGAGUGGGAAGAUGUUGACCUAUGUAUCUGACUCACAGGGACCUGAUAAUUUGUUAGAUUAGGAAUAACUAUCCCUUUCAAUUAGAAAGUAUUGACAUAUCUGAACAAGACGUAAUCGACCAACUUGAACUACUAAAUGAUAAUAAACCAGCAGGGCCUGAUGGAAUUAUACCCAAAGUAAUUAAAAAACUAACACCCUCAAUAUCAUAUCCACUAACAUUACUAUUUAACAAAACGAUAGAACUUGGACAUAUCCCUGCUUCAUGGAAACUUGCUAAUGUUAAUGCUAUAUAUAAGGGAAAGGGGUCCCAAAAUGAUGCCAGUAAUUAUAGGCCAAUCUCAAUUACAUCUUGCUUUAGUAAAAUUAUUGAAAAAAUCAUCUUUAAGUACCUGUAUAACUAUCUUGUAGCAGCUGAAACUAUUUCUGAGCACCAGUCAGGCUUCCUGCCUGGUGACUCAACUGUGAAUCAAUUAUUAUCUAUAUAUCACACUAUUAUAAAUAAUUUAGAUAAAGGUAAAGAGGUAAGAUUUGUCUUCUGUGAUGUAAGUAAAGCCUUUGAUAGGGUUUGGCAUGACGGUUUAAUAUAUAAAUUAGAAACUUAUGGAAUUAAAGGAAAAUUACUGGCAUGGUUUAAGAACUACUUGUCCGAGAGAAAACAAAGGGUUAUUACAGAAGGACACCAGUCAACUUUUAAAUGUAUCAGUGCAGGAGUGCCUCAGGGAUCUGUCCUUGGUCCAUUUCUCUUCCUUCUCUAUAUAAAUGACAUCACUAAUAUAGUUACUAGUAACAUUAAACUUUUUGCAGAUGAUACCUCCCUCUAUAUUAUUGUUGAUGAUAAUCCCAUUCAAGCAGCACAAAAUCUCACUAAUGACUUGCAGAAUAUAUGUUCUUGGGCUAAAUCUUGGGAUAUAAAAUUUAAUGCAUCCAAAACUAAAACUAUGAUCUUCACACGGAAAAAAGAAACUAAUCACCCUCCAAUCUUCUUCUCUAAUCAACCACUAUCCGACAGUACUAACCAUAAACAUUUAGGUCUUACUUUUAAUGAAGAUGGUAAAUGGGGUCAACAUAUCCAAAAUAUUUAUGAUACAGCAUAUAAAAGAAUUAAUAUAUUAAGAAGUCUUAAAACCUCACUUGAUAGAAGUACACUUAACACUAUGUAUAUAUCUUAUAUUAGACCAAUUUUAGAAUAUGCUAAUGUAGUUUGGGA